UGAGGAAGCUAGCGCUGCCGCGGCAGUCGUCACCCCUAGUCGCCGCCUCCACCGCCGCCGCCCGAGGGGAAGCAGCCCGGACAGGUGCCGCCGGGAAGAUGGAAGAUGGUGCCCCAAAGCAUAUCAUCCAAAUGACAGGAUUUAAGAUGGAAGAAAAGGAAGCUCUAGGAAAAUUGCUUUUAAAGCUAGAUUGCACUUUUAUUAAGAGUGAGAAAUAUAAAAAUUGUACACAUCUUAUAGCUGAACGCCUGUGCAAGAGUGAAAAAUUUUUAGCAGCUUGUGCAGCAGGAAAGUGGGUUCUGACUAAGGACUACAUAAUUCAUAGUGCCAGAAGUGGCAGGUGGCUUGAUGAGACGACUUAUGAAUGGGGAUAUAAAAUUGAAAAGGAUUCUCAUUUUUCACCUCAAAUGCAGUCUGCCCCUAAAAGAUGGCGUGAAGAGCUAAAGCGCACUGGUGCUCCAGGAGCUUUCCACAGAUGGAAAGUUGUCCUCCUUGUGAGAGCUGAUAAACGCAGUGAUUCUCUUGUAAGGGUUUUGGAGGCGGGAAAAGCAAAUAUUAUUUUACCAAAAAGUUCACCAAGUGGAAUAACUCAUGUGAUUGCCAGUAAUGCAAGAAUCAAUGCUGAGAAAGAAAAAGAUAACUUUAAGGCUCCAUUUUAUCCAAUUCAGUAUCUAGGGGAUUUUCUUUUAGAGAAAGAAAUUCAGAAUAAUGAAGAUUCCCAAACCAAAUCUCUUUGGACUGAACAUGGCAAUCAAGAAAAAAGCAAAGAUUUUGGGAAUGAUAUGAGGUUUCUUGAAAUAAAUAGUGCUUUAAGAGAGACCAUGUCUAGAACCCAGAAAGAAAUACAAAAUCAUGAUGAAGACGUUAAUAGUAGUUCUGUUUUACAUGAACAUCAUAAAAAAGAAAAAUUCAGAGAAUCCAGUAAAGAUUUGAAAUUUGUUAAAAUGAGAAAUACCUUCAAAAGGCAUACAUAUGGAAAUCAGAAGGAAACAAAGAAAAAAGAAGAUAUUCAAAGAAAUUAUACUUUGAGGAGAAAACGCAGAAAAGAAACUGAGGGCAAGAAUGAUGUUGGACAUGAUACAAUCAAAAGUUCCUUUAAAAAGCACAUAUAUUACAGAGAUCAGAAAGAAAUGAAGAUUUCUGUUUUUGCUGAUUAUGCCAGUGAAUCAAAAACCAAGGAUAUCAGGACAGAUGUGGAUAUCAUUGAAAUGAAAAAUGCCUUAAAGAGGCAUAUAUAUAGAACUCAGGCUGUCAGAUACAACUGCAUUAGAGUAGAUAAACAGCCAGUAUGCAAUGGAGAGAUUAAGAAUGCUGAAUUUCCCAGAGGUGUAUUAAAUUUAAUUGAAAGCCUCAUAGAAGGACAGUUUUUUAAUGAAGCAAUUGAAGAACUUUCUUCUUUGCAAGCACAUUACAUCCCUCCUGUAUGCCUUCUUCAUGCUCUUCUAGAGAACAUUCUGCAAGAUAAUAUAGAUACGUUUUCUGGUCGAUACUUUCAUAUAUUGUCAGCUCUUCUUCACUUACAUCCUCCUUGGGAGUCACCAGCCAUGUCAAGAUAUUACUUACAGUUGUUUCAGUGUCCAACAUGUAUGAAAGGAUCCUGGUCUCUAGUAGAAGUACUUAUCAGGUCUUGCCUUUUCAAUGAAAGUUUUUGUCAUCAAAUUCCAGAAAGUAUUGGCUCUAAGGUACUCUACCUUACACUGCUCAAAUUUUUCUUCAAUUUAAUUGAAACUGAGGUCCGGAAUUUGAGUCAAAAGUUGUAUGACUGGUCAGAUUCUCAGAGUCUGAAAAUAACAGGAAAGGCAAUUCCUCUUGAAAUCUUCUGGUCAGGAAGUGAGACCUCAGGGCUUUUGACCAAGCCAGUAAAUCUGCUUUUGGAAUGGACUAUAUAUUCUCACAAGGAAAAAUGCAAGUCAAAUGAUGUCUUCAAACAUGAACUGGCUUAUUUAUUGACUGGAAUUCUUGGAGUAGCAAUAGAUUACUGGAUCUUCUCUGGUCUGAAGAUGGGCAGAAAUGUGAUGCGACACAUGUCUGAUGAUUUAGGAAGUUAUAUUUCCCUUUCUUGUGAUGACUUUUCUUCACAGGAAUUAGAAGUUUUCAUUUGCUCCUUUUCCUCUUCAUGGCUUCAAAUGUUUGUUGCAGAGGCAGUCUUUAAAAAGUUGUGCUUACAAAACUCCAGCAAUGUUGCCUCUGAGCCACUCACUCUUCAGAAAAUGGUAUGUUCCUAUUUGCCGGCUUUGGGGAAAACUGGUGCUCAUGGAGUUGGAAAGAUACAGAUAUUAAAGAAAAUAGGACAGCGGCCUUGCCUUGAAUCUCAGAGAGCCUUACUAAUGUUGAAUGGUGCUAAACAGAAACAAGUUGAAGGGCUGCCAGAGUUACCAGAGCUGACCCUUACUAAAUGUUCCUCAUUUAAAAAGUUGAAAAAGAAGUCAGAAGGACAAUUAUCAUGCUCUAAAGAGAAUUGCCCCUCCAUAGUUACGAAGAUGAAUUUCCGCAAGACUAAUUUAAAAGGAGAAACAGCCCUGCAUAGAGCUUGCAUAAAUAACCAAGUGGAAAAAUUGAUUCUUCUUCUCUCUUUGCCAGGAGUAGACAUCAAUGUUAAAGACAAUGCUGGCUGGACGCCUUUGCAUGAAGCUUGUAACUAUGGCAACACAGUAUGUGUCCAGGAAAUUUUGCAACGUUGUCCAGAGGUAGAUCUGCUCACUCAAGUGGACGGAGUGACUCCUUUGCAUGAUGCACUGUCAAACGGACAUGUAGAAAUUGGCAAGCUGCUACUACAACAUGGGGGCGCAGUGCUUUUACAGCAGAGAGACUCUAAAGGAGAAUUGCCCUUGGAUUAUGUAGUAUCGCCUCAAAUCAAGGAAGAAUUAUUUGCUAUUACAAAAAUAGAAGAUACAGUGGAGAACUUCCAUGCUCAAACAGAGAAACACAUCUAUCACCAGCAACUUGAAUUUGGUUCAUUUUUACUUAGUAGAAUGUUGCUGAAUUUUUGUUCUAUUUUUAAUUUAUCCUCAGAAUUCAUUUUAGCUUUCAAAGGGUUAACUCAUCUAAAUGAGCUGCUUAUGGCUUGUAUUAGUUAUAAAGAAACCACUAGUUCUCGUACCGACUGGUUAUUGGAUCUUUAUGCUAGAAAUAUUAAGACAUUACAGAAGCUCCCAGGUAUUCUUAAGGAUCUGCCUGAGAACAUGAAACUGUGUCCAGGAGUACAUACUGAGGCCUUACUGGUAACAUUGGACAUAAUGUGUCGGUCAGUCACAGAGCUUUCAUGAUGAUGCCAGGCAUUAUGCCAGGCAUGAUGAUGCCAGCUUGUUUUGUCAUUUUGUAUAGGCAUCAUAAGUGUCAUAGCUUACUGGCAAAUACUAAUUUUGACUUAUUUAUUGACCUUCUAAUCUGGCUGAAUUUUAAAAGCACUUAUUAAACAUCUGCAUAAAUAAAGGAUGGAACUUUUUCCAAUGUGUAGAAUUGGGGUCAGAAGUUUUAAGUACAAACAACUUUCAUUAAUUUUCAAGAAUUUUUGUUCUGAAAAAUGAUAUUUAUUUAUAUUGUAUGUGUAAAAGAAAUAACUUAAAUAUUUUUUUCAAAACAAAAUGUAAUGUCCUCUUAUAGAUGUUUUAGGUCAUAUAAUCAUGGCAGGAUAUUCAUGUAAAUAUUCAACUACUAACCUGUUAACUCCAUUUCUUUGCAGGAAUUAUAGUUUUGUGUAUUUCUAAAAUAAACAUUUCUAAACUUUAA